CCGGAGCCGGAGGAAGUCCCCCGGUGCCAGGAUCUGCCCGGAUCCGCGCCCUGCUCGGGCCGGCACCAUGGACAGCGAGGCAUUCCAGAGCGCGCGGGGCCUUCUGGACCUGAACUUCCAGUCGCUGGCCAUGAAGCACAUGGACUUGAAGCAGAUGGAGCUGGACACCGCGGCAGCUAAGGUAGACGAACUGACUAAGCAGCUGGAGUCGCUGUGGUCAGACUCACCGGCGCCUCCUGGUCCCCAGGCUGGAGCCUCCUCUAGGCGGUCCCGGUACAGCUCCAGCCCAGUUCCCGAGCCCUUCAGCAGCCGCGGGUCCCCCCGGAAGGCGGCCACCGAUAGCACAGACACCUCGUUGGGACGCUCGGAGGGCGCCCCGGCCCUGCCUCCCUACAGCCAGCUGUCCACCAAGGGCCGGCCGUCGUCGCCGCGCACCGCGCUCUACCUGCAGCCGGAUGCCUACGGCAGCUUGGAUCGCGCGCCGUCGCCCCGGCCGCGCGGCUUCGAUGGCGCAAGCGGUUCCCUGGGUCGCGCGCCCUCCCCGCGGCCUGGGCCUGGCCCAUUGCGCCAGCAGGGUCCCCCUACGCCUUUCGAUUUCCUGGGCCGCGCCGUCUCCCCGCGUGGCAGCCCCCUGGCGGAGGGGCCCCAGGCCUUCUUUCCUGAGCGCGGGCCCUCACCGCGCCCCCCUGCCGCUGCCUACGACCCACCGGCGGCGUUCGGGAGCCCCCUGCCGGGCGCCGGCGGCAGCGCCUUCGCGCCGCCUCUGCGAGCCCAAGACGACCUGACACUGCGCCGGCGGCCCCCCAAGGCUUGGAACGAGUCCGACCUGGACGUGGCGUACGAAAAGAAGUCUUCGCAGACCUCCAGCUAUGAGCGCUUGGACGCCUUCGCGCGGCCAGCCUUGCCUGUCCUGCAGCUGUCACCCUGGAGAGAGAGCAGCCUGGAUGGACUGGGGACCGCUGGCAAGGACAAUUUCACCAGCGCCACCCUGCCCCGCAAUUACAAAGUGUCCCCUCUGGCCAACGACAGGCGUUCCGAUGUGGGCAGCUACCGCCGCUCCCUGGGCUCCGCGGGGUCUGCAGGCACUUUGCCCCGCAACUGGCAGCCCAUCAGCCGCAUCCCCAUGCCCCCUUCUAGCCCCCAGCCCCGUAGUGCCCCCCGCCAGCGCCCCAUCCCCCUCAGCAUGAUAUUCAAGCUGCAGAAUGCCUUCUGGGAGAAUGGGGCCAGCAGGGCCGUGCUCCCUGGCUCCCCGAUGUUCAACCGGGCACCCCCGCCUAAGCUGCCUCCCCAGUCCCAGCCUCCCCCCCAGCCUCAGCCACAGCCUCAGCCCCAACCCCCUGCCCCAGCCCCACAAAUCCCCCAACAGACACGGCCCCCUGUGAGCGAAGGCCCCCCCAAGCCCCCUGCUGAGCUGGAGCCUGAGCCGGAGCUGGAGGGGCUGCUGACACCAGGGCUGGAGGCUGGUGAUGUGGACGAAGGCACCCUAACUCGGCCCCUCAGCCCCACGCGGCUGCAGCCAGCGCUACCGCCUGAGGCGCAGUCAGUGCCUGAGCUGGAGGAGGUGGCUCGGGUGCUGGCGGAGAUUCCACGGCCCCUCAAACGCAGGGGCUCCAUGGAGCAGAGCCCUGCUGUGGCCCUGCCCCCCACCCACAAGAAGCAGUACCAGCAGAUCAUUAACCGUCUUUUCCAUCGUCAACGACCAGGGCCUGGGGGGCCGGAGCCUGAGCUGUCCGCUAUCACUGAGGGAUCUGAGGCCAGGGCAGGGCCCCCAGCCCCUGCCCUACCAGCUCCCAUCCCACCCCUGGCCCCACCCCAGAGCAGCCCAUCAGAGCAGCCACAGAACAUGGAGAUGCGUUCGGUGCUGCGGAAGGCUGGCUCCCCGCGCAAGGCCCGCCGCGCGCGCCUCAACCCGCUGGUGCUGCUGCUGGACGCGGCGCUGACCGGGGAGCUGGACGUGGUGCAGCAAGCGGUGAAGGAGAUGAACGACCCGAGCCAGCCCAAUGAGGAGGGCAUCACGGCCCUGCACAACGCCAUCUGCGGUGCCAACUACCCCAUCGUGGACUUCCUCAUCGCCGCGGGCGCCAAUGUCAACUCCCCAGACAGCCACGGCUGGACACCAUUGCACUGCGCAGCGUCGUGCAAUGAUACGGCCAUCUGCAUGGCGCUGGUGCAGCACGGCGCUGCCAUCUUCGCCACCACGCUCAGUGACGGCACGACCGCCAUUGAGAAGUGCGACCCCUACCGCGAGGGCUAUACCGACUGCGCCACCUACUUGGCAGAUGUGGAGCAGAGCAUGGGACUGAUGCACAACGGGACAGUGUACGCGCUCUGGGACUACAGCGCGGAGUUCGGGGACGAGCUGUCCUUCCGUGAGGGCGAGUUGGUCACCGUGCUGCGGAGGGACGGGCCAGAGGAGAACGAUUGGUGGUGGGCCACACUGCACGGCCAGGAGGGCUACGUGCCCCGUAACUACUUUGGGCUCUUCCCCAGGGUGAAGUCUCAGAGGAAUAAGGUCUAGCAGGAGAGAAGGACAUUUCCAAGGGACACUGGAAGAAGAAGCCCUGCCUUGGCUUCUGACCUCCGCCUCCAUUACUGCUGCAUCUUUAUGCCCCCAGCCCAGUAGGGGGCGCAGUCCUCGCCACUAGUUCUCUGCUCUCGUGGAAGCCCCUGGGAGAUCUGGGAGAACUCAGCCUUCAGUUGAAGAAUCUGCCUUAGCCACAGGAGGUUGAGGUGGGGCUGGGAAUCAUUCAGGGGGGCAGGAGAUCCUCCAUUUGCCAAAUCAGGCCCCGUCCAAAGUGCCUCUCCCUCUUCCUGCCACUGUGCCUCAAAGCAAGCCGCCUCAAUCCCAGCUGAGCCUGGGAUGGGCCGUUGCCACUCCAUUUCCCGGGGAGUCACCUCUUAACCCACCUCUCCCAGCGGCUUUGGGGACUGGAUGAGGCCCACUGGCAUCCCCUAGGAUCCCUGCCUCACCUCAUCCCGCCCAGUAAAGUGACUUCACACAGCUCUGGUUUUAUGUUUAUAACAAAAUGGGGAACUUUUUCUUUAUAAAUAAAGGUAGU